AUGCAUGGGUGGAGAAGACCCGGAAAGCCCUCACAGAGCCGCAGAGACCUGGAGAUGAAGACCCAGCAGCUGCAGAUCAAGCUGAGCAACAAGACGGAGGAGGACAUCAAGAAGGCACGGAGGAAGUCCACACAGGCUGGGGAUGACCUCAUGCACUGUGGGGACCUCUACAACCAGGCCCAGUCCAAGUGGUUUGAAGAGAUGGUGACCACCACUUUGGAGCUGGAGCGGCUGGAAGUGGAGAGGGUGGACAUGAUCCGGCAACAUUUGUGCCAGUACACAGAGCUGCCGCCCAAGACGGACAUGUUCAACCAAAGCACAGUUGAGCCUGUGGACCAACUGCUUCGAAAAGUGGACCUGGCCAGAGACAGAGAGUUGUGGGUCAGAGAGCACAAAACGGGCAACAUUCACCCUGUGGACAUGGAGAUCUAG